AUGCAAACCUCGCCGUCGCUCACUCUCGACCCUUUCGUCUUUCCCCUCGUUCUCAAAUCAUGCUCCGCUAUCCACCGCCCUCGACUCGGCUCCACCGUUCACGCUCACGCCACCAAGUCAUCUCUCCUCUCCAACCAAUUCGUCGCUUGCGCUCUUAUCUACUUUUAUGGCAAAUGCUUCUCCAUCUCUUUGGCACGCAAGUUGUUCGACGAAACCCCUCAACGAAACCCCGUUUCUUGGAGUUCCAUGAUUUCUCUCUACGCGCGCUCCGGAGACAUGGAGGUGGCAUUGGAAUUGUUUCGGUCUAUGGAUGUUGAGCCGAACGAGUCGACGUUUAAUGCCAUCAUAGCAGGUUUGAAUGAAUUGGAAGAUGGGUCUUUUAAGGCUAUUGGAUUUUAUAGAAGGAUGCAGAAAAUGGGGUUGAGGCCGAAUUUGAUUACCCUUCUUGCUUUAUUACCUGCUUGCGUUGGCGUAGCUGCAUUGAGUUUGAUUAAAGGAAUUCAUGGCUAUGCUUUUCGAAACAACAUAGAACCUCACCCGCAGUUCAGAAGUGGUUUAGUGGAAGCUUACGGGCGAUGUGGAAGUCUUGUUAAUGCACGGAAUGUAUUCCGAUGUAUAAGAGAAAGAGAUGUAGUGGCUUGGAGUAGUUUAAUCUCAGCUUACGCUUUACAUGGCGAGGCAAAGGCUGCCUUGGAAGUUUUUCAGCAAAUGGAGUUGGCAAACGUGCGGCCUGAUGACAUUACUUUUCUUGGCGUUUUAAAAGCUUGUAGCCAUUCUGGAUUAGCUGAUGAAGCAUUGGAUUAUUUUGAUAGAAUGCAUACGGAUUACAAAGUUGAAGCAAGUGCUGAUCAUUAUUCGUGUUUAGUUGAUGCAUUGAGCAGAGCAGGGAGGUUGUGUGAUGCUUACAAAGUUAUUAAAGAAAUGACUGUGAAGCCAACUGCAAAGACUUGGGGAGCGUUACUUGGUGCUUGUAGAACUUAUGGAGAAGUUGAAUUGGCUGAGAUUGCUGGGAGAGCUUUGUUUGAGAUAGACCCGUCUAAUGCAGCCAAUUAUGUGUUAUUGGCUAGGAUAUAUGCUAGUGUUGGAAGAUAUGAGGAAGCUGAGAGAAUGAGAUUGGAAAUGAAGGAAAGGGGAGUGAAGGUAGCUCCUGGUAGCAGUUGGAUUUAAAUGAUCAAGACCAACGAAGUUUCAUGGAUUUUCUUGUACCCUUUGAGAACUAGAAAGUAUGAUGAUGUUACAUUGAGCGCUUCCUGCUGCAUCUGUAACGGCUACCAUUGCCUCACUGGGAAGCGCUUGCUUUGGAUCCUAGUGAUUACUUAUCGUCUAUAUCUACCUAUCUUUCACCAGUCAAAGAAGCUUUUAGAGGUGGAGGAGGAAAUGUAAGGCGUAGCUAGCCACAGAGUUAGCUCCAAGUGCCAUCAUUAGGAACAAUUUUGGCCAUUGGAAUCCAUCUUUUUGCUAAAUUGACUGGUUCCGGAAUUUGACAUGGAUGAUAGUAUGAAGGCAGGUUAUCUAUUUCACA